CCUGCAGUUUUGAGCUUCUGCUAAGGCACAUGUAAACAUUGCGUGUAUUACUGGUCAUUUUCUGCGUUAUCCUCUGCAAUUCAAUCUGUCAGCUUUUCAGCUAUGAGGAACUGGAAAGCUGGACUGGCUGUGCUGAAGGCCUUGAGGGGUGUGACAUCUGUGUCUGUCUGUCAUUCUAAAGUAACAUGGGCGGUGUUACUGGGAGGUGCUGUGGGAACAGCAACAGUCUUUCAUCUAAAAGAUUUACAGGUGCAUGCUGUAUCCAGAACAGAAAUGAAGAGGUCAUCAUGGAUGACUGAUCCAGUCACAGACAUUGUUACAUUGGAGGAGAGUCCUACGUCAAUGAGAACCAAGAUGGAGAUGAUGAUAAUGAGGAUACAGGGAGAAAUUUGUAGAGCAUUGGAGGACAUAGAUGGAGACAAGAGAUUCUUCGUCGAUCGAUGGCAGCGAAAAGAGGGAGGAGGAGGCAUAUCUUGUGUUCUUCAGGAUGGAACUGUGUUUGAGAAAGCUGGAGUAAACAUUUCUGUUGUUCAUGGAAACCUUCCACCAGCAGCUGUUCAACAGAUGAGAGCAGAAAGAGGGAAGAUUCUAGAGGGCACCACUUUACCAUUCUUUGCCACAGGAAUCAGUGCUGUGAUACACCCGAAAAAUCCCAACAUUCCAACAAUCCAUUUCAACUACCGUUACUUUGAGGUGACUGAUAAAACGGGUAAAACUCAAUGGUGGUUCGGAGGUGGAACUGAUCUGACACCUUCUUACCUGGAUAAACAGGAUGUUGUCCAUUUCCACCAGACUCUGAAGACAGCCUGUGACAAACACAGCAAAAACUACUACCCUAAGUUCAAAAAGUGGUGUGAUGAUUACUUCACUAUCAAACACCGGGGUGAAAAGAGGGGAGUUGGAGGAAUUUUCUUUGAUGAUCUUGAUAAUGGAACAGAAGAAGAUAUUUUCAACUUCGUAAGGAGCUGUGCCGAAGCUGUGCUGCCUUCCUACCUGCCCAUUGUAAACAAACACAGAAAUGAUGGAUACUCGUAUGCAGACAGGCAAUGGCAGCUGUUGAGGAGAGGGCGGUAUGUGGAAUUCAACCUUAUCUAUGACCGAGGGACAAAGUUUGGGCUGAUGACUCCUGGAGCAAGAUUUGAAAGUAUACUCAUGUCCCUACCUCUCCACGCAAAAUGGGAAUACUGCCACUCCCCCAGUGCAGGCUCCAAGGAAGAAGAGCUACUGAAUGUUCUCAAAAACCCACAGGACUGGGUCUGACCCACAAAUUAGUUCAUCUGUCUUACAGGAAAUUGAAUGACUUUUCUAUGAUGUUUGUCCUUGGAACAAAGAUUAGUUGCUAUCGAAACUGAGAGCCAGGAUGAGAGUGCAUAGAUUAAUUGUCAUCAUAACGGGACCCAACCAAUGGCAGUACAUAUGCAGUUGAUUAGAUAUGCCUGGGCUUAGUAUGGAUUUGUCAUCAUAGGAACAGAUAAUUGAGCUUGACAACCAAUAAAUUAAAUGCCAUGGAACCCAGCGAAUGAGAAGAUGAUGAUUGCCUGACAAGCAUGUUAUUGUCAUGUGUCUAAAGUGAUUUGAAUAAACUAUGAAUGAUGAUUUUGAAAAAGUGAUUAGAAAAUGUGUGAUGGACAAUUAAUUAAAUAUUUAAUCAGAGCUUUUUGUUAAAAGAAGAUUGGGAGAAGUUUUACAGAUGGACUGUUUUGGAACUCUUGUUUUUGUAGUAUAGUAUGCUAUGUAGAUUCUUACAGAGCUGUAACCAUGGAAACCAGUAUAUAACUUAACCAGUGGUGGACAUGUGAUUGGUAUACCAGGAAAAGAAGCUUUAUAUUUUUGUUAAGAUGUAGCAUUUGAAUGUGAACUAUUUCCGGAAGUUGCAAGCAAAAUUGAAAUGCAUAGAAAGAGACCUAAAAAUGGACACAGGAGUAAUGUUAGUAUAUUUUUAUAUCAAAUUGUGUUCUACUUCUAAUCCCUUCAUCCCAAAAGCUCACCAAGUCAUUUUGUCACAUGUGACUAUAGUUGUCAGGGAGACUUGUAUCCAGUGACUAUAGUUAUCUGGGAGACUUGUAUCGAGUGACUAUAGUUGUCUAGGAGACUUGUAUUGAGUGACUAUAGUUGUCUGGGAGAUUUGUAUCCUGUGAACACAGUUGUCUGAGAGAUUUGUAUCCUGUGACUACAGUUGUCUAGGAGACUUGUAUCCAGUGACUAUAGUUGUCUGGGAGGCUUGUAUCCAGUGCCUAUAGUUUUUCUGUGAGACUUUCACCGGUGAAUACAUUUGUCUUGGAGAUUUGUAACCAGUGACUAUAGAUGUCUGGGAGAUUUGUACCCAGUUACUGUAGUUGUUUAGGACAUUUGUAUCCUGUGACUAUAGUUGUCAGGGAGAUUUGUACCCAGUGACUAUAGAUGUCUGGGAUAUUUGUACCCAGUGACUAUAGUUGUCUGGGAGAUUUAUAUCCAGUGGCUAUAGUUGUCUGGGAUAUUUGUAUCUUGUGACUACAGUUGUCUGGAGA